AGCAGCUCAGCAAAACUUAGUCCUUUUAUUUGGAUGCAACCAUUUGCAUUUUAUUAACAGAAAACAGAGGGAAAACCAUGCUCCAUACCUUCGCUUUCUUCUUCUUCCUUUUCACCCUAAAACAAAAAAUCUCUCCUGUGGCGGCCGACUUCCUUUUCAACGCCUUCCACACCGCCGAACUCAUCCUCAAUGGCGCCGCCGCGGUCCAGUCUACCGGCAUCCUCCGCCUGACUAACAAUACCAACCAAGAAUUUAGUCACGCAUUCUACCCCACACCUUUCUCCUUCCUCAACACCUCCUCCGGUGAACCCUCCUCCUUCUCCACCUCCUUCGUCUUCGUUAUCAUCCCUCGCUACAUAGAAAUCAGCUCCGAAGGUCUCGCCUUUGUCAUCUCCCCUACCCCAACUCUGGCCGACACCCUCCCCAGCCAGUUCCUCGGCCUUUUCAACCUCACCAGUGAUGGCCAAGCCACCAACCACAUCGUCGCCGUCGAGCUCGAUACCGUUCAGAACAAAGAGUUUGACGACGUCAACGACAACCACGUCGGCAUUGAUUUAAAUGGCUUAACUUCCGUAGUCGCCGCUCCGGCUGCAUACGCCAACGGUUCUUCCUCCUUUCAAAAUUUGAGCUUGUUUAGCGGCCAGCCGAUGCGAGUUUGGGCAGAGUAUGAUGCGAAGAAGAUGGAGUUUAAUGUGACCUUAGCUCCGCUUAACACCCCGAAGCCGGCUUUACCUCUUCUGUCUUCUAUUAUCAAUCUCUCCUCAGUUUUUCUAAGCGAAAUGUAUGUUGGGUUCUCUUCUUCCACCGGCACGACCGCAGGUUCGCAUUACAUUCUCGGAUGGAGCUUCUGUUUAAACUGCAGAGAAAGAGAGCUCGUGCCUUCUGAUCUCCCGUCUCUUUUGCCACUUUCACAAACGAAGAAAAGAAAUAGAACGAUCGCCUAUUGGCUUCCGGUAGCCGUCGUCGUGUUUCUCAUAAUAAUUUUAAGUGUUCCUUUUCUAGUGUUCAGGCGAAGGAGGCAGCUUGCAGAGUCGGCGGAGGAUUGGGAGAUGGAAUACGGCCCGAAGAGAUUCUCAUACGGAGAUCUGCACAGAGCGACGAGAGGGUUCAGCGAUGAGAACUUUUUAGGAAGCGGGGGAUUUGGCGAAGUAUACAGAGGCGUGCUCGCCAAAUCAAAGCAAGCAAUUGCAGUGAAAAGAAUCUCCCAUGAUUCGAAACAGGGGAUGAAAGAAUUCAUCGCAGAGAUUUCAAGCAUCGGCCGGCUCCGCCACCGGAACUUAGUUCAGCUCAUCGGAUACACACGUCGGCGAGGGAAACUCAUGCUUGUCUACGAUUUCAUGCCCAACGGCAGCCUCGAUAAUUACCUUUUCAACCGAGUAGACCAAUCUCUGACAUGGAAGCAAAGAUUUCACAUCAUCAAAGGCAUCGCGGCAGGGCUGCUUUAUCUGCACGAGGGAUGGGAACAGGUGGUGCUUCACAGAGACAUUAAAGCGAGCAAUGUCCUCCUCGACGCAGGUUUCAACGGAAAGCUUGGAGAUUUCGGGCUCGCGAGGCUACACGACCGCGGGAGCAUGGCGGAGACGACGCGUGUAUUUGGAACGCUGGGUUAUCUUGCGCCGGAGAUUUCGAGAACAGGAAAGUCAACGACGAGCUCUGAUGUUUUUGCUUUCGGGGCGUUUCUGCUGGAAGUCGCUUGUGGGAAGAAACCAGUAGAAUUUAAGACGAGCGGAGUGGAUCUGGUGCUUGUGGAUUGGGUGCUGGAGUUGAUGGAGAGGGGAGAGUUGAUUGAAGCGAGGGAUAGGAGGUUGGGGAAUGAGUUUGUGGUGGAAGAGAUGGAGAUAGUAUUGAGGUUGGGAUUGUUGUGUUCUUCGCCGGUGGCCGAGGUGCGGCCGAGUAUGAGACAAGUGGUGCAGUGUCUGGAAGGGCAAGUGAGUGUUCCGGCGUUGACGGAGGAGCAUUUGUUCAUGUUUCAUUCGGGUUCUAUAAAGAAGAGGCUGGUGGGGGAUGUGAGCCUUUCCGGCUCCGGCGGCCGAGCUCUGGCUGCGAUGGGAAGCUCGGGUCAGGAUCAAUGUGCCGGCUUGCCACUGUCGUUUGGCAGAUGAGCCAAUUGGUGCGGUGUCUGUAUUAUAUUGAAUGGGAAUUUAUUUAUUUGAUGAUGUAUACCAUUUUUUACAUUAUUUUUAGCCGAUUAGUGUUUCAAAACUAUCACUGAUAAAA